AUGGCGAGCGGAUACGUCCCCCAAAUUGACAAGAUGGCCGGGAUGACUCCCACGGAGCGCCGCGAGUUCUGCGACACCCCCGAGAUCGCUGCCGAUGCUUCUUCUGUUAAGCCGCCGAGCACUACCGCCAAGUACGACAGCAAUGUCUCGAUGAACACCUAUCCCGCUGUCGAUGGCGAAGGCGCGGAACAGGCCAAGGGCCCGGCUGAUAUGGAGGGCUUGACUGUUGUCUGGACGAAGAAAUGGCUGAUUGCCGCUUAUGCUGCGAUUAUGCUCAUCUCUUUCGUCAACUCCCUUCAACAACAAACCAACUUCUCAUGGCGACCCUACGUCACCUCGGCCUUCAUGAUGCACGGUCUUACGGCUAUAACCGAUAUCGUUGCAAACAUUGUCGGAGGUGUAUCGAAGCUUCCGCUGGCCAAGUUCAUCGAUAUCAGACUCAUGGAUCCGAAGCUCAAGGGCCAGAAGAAGGCGUUCAUCUCGAUUCUCCAGUGUACAUUGUCAGUGCUGACUAGUGUCCUUGUAGCACUCAUUCUCAUGGCUCUAUGCCAAAACGUCCAGACCUUUUGCGCUGCGCAAGUCAUCUACUGGACCGGCAUGAACGGCGUCGAUUACAUCUUCAACAUUUUCAUCGCCGAUACCGCACUUAUGCAGAACCGUUUGAUCUGGAUGGCCUUCACUGGAUUCCCCUACGUUGUCAACACCUUCGCUGGUCCCAAGCUUGGUGAAACCUGGCUCAACCACAGCACUUGGCGUUGGGGCUAUGGAUCUUUCGCUAUCAUGACACCAGUCUUCUCGAUAUCCUUCUGGCUCGUCUUCUGGCUCAUGGGUAGGCGAGCAAGAAAGAUGGGCGUCAUCUCGCGCGAGCCGAGUGGCAGGACGGUCUGGCAGAGCACUAAGCACUGGUGUACCGAGUUUGACGUGAUCGGGGUCAUACUCAUCACCGGUGGAUUCUCCCUGCUUCUUCUUCCGUGGCCUCUUGCAGUCUACCAGAAGGAUGGCUUCGGCUCUCCAAUGUUUAUAUGCAUGGUCAGCUUCGGAAUUUGCCUCAUCCUGCUCUUCGUGGCUUGGGAGCGUUACUACGCCAGCCAUGCCCUCUUCCCAUACUACCUCAUGAAGAACCGCUCGAUCAUUGCGGCAUGCCUGCUUGGUUGCAACUCCUGGAUUGCUUUUUACUCAUACCGUAUGAUGUACUCCUCAUACCUCCAGGUCGUGUUCCAGCUUUCCGUUUCCAAGGCCGGAUAUAUCACGAACAUCUUCAACAUCGUUUCGUGCACCUGGGCAAUCAUCAUCAGCUUCGCGAUGAAGUACACUGAUACCUACAAAUGGGGUGCCGUCAUCGCCGUCCCCACACAACUUCUCAUGACGGGCUUAUUGAUCUAUCUCCGCACACCCGAUUCCCCUAUCGCAAUCCUGAUUCUGGUGGAGGUACUCGGCGCCAUGGCGAGCGCUAUGCUCUACAACGUGGAGCAAGUUGCUAUCAUGAUGGCUGUACCGCACGACCAAGUCGCUGUUGCUAUCGCGCUUCUCAACCUUGUCACGGCUGUUGGUGGUGCGAUCGGCCAGUCUGUUAGCGGCACUCUAUGGGCUCAAAUCGUACCCAAGAGGCUCGUCGAAUACCUCCCUGAAGAAUCGAAGCACCUGGCGCCAAAGAUCUAUGGUGAUAUCACUACGCAGUUGUCACUGCCAUGGGGUAGUCCGGAGCGUCAGGCCGUGGUACACGCGUUCGGCGACGCGCAGAAGAUCAUGGUGUUGAUGGGGACUUGUGCAUUUGUGCCGUGCUUCAUCUGGGUGGCCAUGCUGGAGAAUCAGCGCAUGAGCGAGCGCAAGGCUCGCAAGGGUCUGCAGGCUUGA